CACGCAAUCUUACCUAAUAUUGAUUUUCGUGAUUUUUGUUUAUAAAUUGGAUAUUAAGUUGCGUUAUUUUCAAAAGUUUUGUUGUUCUGUUGACAAUACGCGUGUAAUUAACAAAUAUUGUUGUGAAAAUUUAGUAUAAUUAUUGUUUUCUUGACAAAUUUGAAACGACGUACAUGACGUAAAUACAACGUUUCUAAAGUUUAAUCUUCACAGAACAUGUUUAAAAUUCAGAGGAUGUCACCAGCGGAAUAUGAAGCAGAAGGCUUCAAACACAAAAUAUCCUACGGAUUUUACAAAUCUCCGUUUGGAAAAUGUCUGAUCGGAAUUCUGAAUAAUAAAGAAAAAGCAAUUUGCCACUUGUCAUUCGUCGAUGGAAGUGAAAGCGAGGGUCUAAAAUCACUGAAAAAUCGUUGGAAGAAAAAUGACUUAAUCCUGGAAAGUAAGGAAAUGCAAAAUUACGUCAACGAAGUUUUUUCUAACUUUUCCAAAGGAUUUUUUGCAGACUCAAAAAAUGUUACUUAUGUAAUCCUAAAAGGAACCGAUUUUCAAAUCAAGGUUUGGGAGCAACUGAUUAAUAUUCCUUCUGGUUCUACAGCAACCUACGAAAAAGUCGCUGAAGCAAUUGAUAAGCCAAAAGCAGUUCGUGCAGUUGCAAAUGCUAUUUCUAAUAAUCAGAUCGGCUGUUUGAUUCCAUGUCACCGCGUCUUUGGCAAAAAUGGAAGUAAUAAGUACGAAUGGGGAGUCGAACGUAAAGAUAAAAUACUGAAGUUCGAAAAAGAUCUAUAGAAAGUGUCAACAAUAUCGGUGACUCCAUGCUAAACUUGCAAAUCUGGGUUUAGCAGUCUAAACUCCCAAAUCUGGGGUUAGCAGUCCAAAAUCUCGAAUCUGGAGUUAGUAGUCUAAACUCUCAAAUCUGUGGUUAGCGGUCUAAACUCUUCAAUCUGGGGUUAAACGUCUAAAGUCUUCAAUCUGAGGUUAACCGUCUAAACUCUAAAAUAUGGGGUUAGUACUCUAAACUCUCCAAUUUGGGGUUAGCCGUCUAAAAUAUAAAAUCUGGGGUUAGCAAUCUAAACUCUCCAAUCUAGGGUUAGGCGUUUAAACUCUAAAAUCUGAGUUUAGAAGUCUAAACUCUCCAAUCAUGGGUUAGCAGUCUAAACUCUGCAAUCUGGGGUUAGCCGUCUAUACUCUAACAUCUGGGGUUAGUAGUCUAAACCCUUCAAUCAUGAGUUAGCAUUCUAAACUCUACUAUUUGGGGUUGGCGUUUAAAUUCUAACAUCUGGAGUUAGCAGUCUUAACUCUUUAAUCUGGGGUUAGCCGUCUAAACUCUAAAAUCUGGGGUUAGCAAUCUAAACUCUCCAAUCUAGGGUUAGGCGUCUAAACUCUAAAAUAUGAGUUUAGCAGUCUAAACUCUCCAAUCAUGGGUUAACAGUCUAAACUCUGCAAUCUGGGGUUAGCCGUCUAUACUCUAACAUCUGGGGUUAGUAGUCUAAACCCUUCAAUCAUGAGUUAGCAUUCUAAACUAUUCAAUCUGGAGUUAGUCGUCUAAACUCUCAAAUCUGGGGUUAGCACUCUAAACUCGUUAAUCUGGGGUUAAUACGUUAAAAAAAUAUUUGUUUUUGUUGAAAAUUCAUCAUUCUAGUUCAAAGUUUAUCUCUUUGGUUGAAAAUAAAUUUUUCCAAC